CAGUGGAGGGGUUUAUAUUUGAACUUCCCCUCCAGUGAAUAACAUCACAUUAGUACGCUGCUGUACACAUUACAUCGCCUGGAUCUAGAAGUGAAAUACUACAAGAGGAUUAAAACUCCAGCUAUUAUUCAGUUGAAUUCAGAUUUGAAAGAGUAAUGGAAGGAAGUCCACAGUCAUCACUGUCAGAAGAGGACCCUUCAAGCAAAGAGCGCUCUUUACCUGAGGAGGAGAAUGACCUUCAGUCUGAGCAGGUGGAGGAGGUGGUGCAGGGGGAGUCAGUCCUCUCUGGGGAGGAGCAGUUGACCCUCAUCACAGAGAGCAUGUCAAUCACCUCCUCUGAUGAGGAGAAGCUCCAGCUCCUCAACAAAAACACUGAACUCCGGAGACUCAACAAAGAGCUGAUGAAGCUGAACGAGGAGUGGGAUCACAUCUACCACAGCACGAGUGUAGGCCUCCAGCAGCGUGUGGCGGCUCUCGAGGAGGAGAGCAGGGCCCUCAAACAGCUCAACAGCCGACUGCUGCUCAAAGUAGAACAUGAACAGAACAAGAGGGAAUAUUAUGAACAAACACUGAUGCAGGAACUUAAGAAAAACCAGCAUCUGCAGGAGUAUGUCAGACUGCUGGAGAGCCGACUGCACCAAACAGAUCUUCAGCAGUGGACAAGAGGAUCUCAGACCCCAGAUAUCAGUGGCUCCUCAGACUCUCAGCUAGUGCAGAGCUCGUCUAAGCUGUCCCUGGACGUACAGUCGACUCCAGCACUUCCUCCGUCACUGGGCACAAAGUCCAGUCUCAGACUGGCUAGUAUGAGAUUUGAGAUGCAGUCUGACCCUGUGACAGAAGUACGAGAUCUUAAAGAACAGCUGGAGGCGCUGCGGUGUCAGACUCAAAUCUACGAGGCUGAUUAUAAAACAGAGCAGAAGGAUCAUGAGCGCAUGCUGCAGGAGAAUAAGCGUCUGCGGCGCAGAGAGGCAGACAUGCGUCAGCAGAUGGCGCUGCUGCAGGAGCAGCUGAAGGUGUAUGAGGAUGAUUUCCAGAAGGAGCGCUCAGACAAACGCAUUCUCCAGAGACUGCUGAUGAAAAAAUCUCCAGCCGAGAAAGACCCGGUUCUGGUGCAUCGCUGCAACAACGAGCAGGACCGGCCCAGAUCAGACAAGAGGAAGCCCAGAGAAGAGCAGCGCGGCGGAUACGUCUGUCCCAAACACUGUGAACAUCACAGCCAGCCGGACUUCCCCUGAACACCCUUCUGGGUCUUCCCCUGAAGAGCCACAAGACAACACAUUCAUUCAUCAUAUAAAAGAAACGUACACAAGCUAGUUUGUAUCUUUAAAAUAGUUACUUUUUAACUGCUUUAUUUAUAUGAGGAUCUUAUUUUUCAUUGUAUUAUUCUUUUAUAUUGUUGAAAGGAUUGUGUUUGUACAAUGUGUGGAAACUGUGCACUUUUGUCUCUAUAUAAAUCAAUCUGAAGCCCUUCACUGCCUGAAAACAUGAAACUUAAACAAUCCGUGUCAGACAGUAAAUCUUUAUAAUCUACAGUAUUUGGUCUUGUUAAUGUCAACUGACCUGUUACAAAAAAACAAUACUACGAGGAAAUGAUUUAAAAAGUUUCUGCACCUUUGACUAUAAGGAAGCCAUUGGAAAUCCCUAUAUUGAGCUCAUUUCUAGUGACUAAGUAAUUUGUUAGUUUUUUUCCAGGAAAUCUGCUCAGUUGCAGAUUUAUUCAGUGAUGUCCAUCUUUGCACUUGUGCUCUCAAUGUACAUAGCCCAUGUUAUAUAGGUCAGGGUUUUUUUUAUUAUUAUUAUUAUAAUGCAUUAAAAAUGUCCUUAUAAUUACUUCAAUUAAAGUUCAACUACAUUGUUUUAAUAAAAUAUACAUUAACAAUA